AUCUGGUGGUGUGAUGUUGUCAAAUUUAAAAUGUCAGGUUGCCUUUAUAAAUUAAACGAACUGCUGUAGAAACUGUUAUCUUUAUUAUAAUUUAUUUUGUUAGCAUAAUAUGUUGAUAUUUAAGUGCGGGCUGAUUAUAUUAACAUCCACAUACAUUUUAUCACUUUGUUUUCAAGUUUCGCAAGAGACAAAUUCUUUGGAUACUGGCCUUGCUUUUUUGUACAUAGCCAGCGGAGCAAUAGCUGGCAAAAUAUUAUAUGACAGAUACCAGCAAAUACAUAUACUCGGUUCAUUAACUCCGAAUCCAAAUGUUACUUCCUUUGCAAAUAGGAUAGCUUCCUUUUCAGCCUCCUUCCUCUCUUUGGGCUUCCUGGUAUAUUUCUUCCUUUUCCUGUUUAAGGUGGAUAAUCUUUGUCUAACGGCAUUGAAUAUUUUUAUAUGUGGAUUUGGCACUUUAUAUAUUUGGAUGCAGUGCAUCAUCACAACGUACAUCUCAACUCUGUAUUAUGAUAAAAGGUUAACAGUGUUUCGGCAAUGGCUGGCAAACUUGAGCUUCCUUAUUGUUAUAAUAAUGGCAAUAUUUGGGACUGUAACAUCAUUUUUACCAAUGAGUGGUUCCAGCGGAUUUUACUUCUGUUUCAUCAUAACAUCCUUAUGCAGCAACAUAUUAGCAGCUAUAUUUUGUGUGUUUAUACUGUCUUUUGAAAAAGAAUACCAAUAUUUUUCGGAGGGUUUACGAUCAGAGCUUCUGCUCGACGACGGCUGUUCGUUGGACAAUGCAUCAUUGUCAGACGUAGAUAGCAUAUUUGGGGCCCAAGAAUCAACUUCUAGUACAAUCGUUAUAAAGGGUAACAUUAGUUGCGCUAAGGUCUCCUGACCCGAGGCCGUGCCCGACAC